CUUUCGUUUUCCGUUCCUUUUCGCUCUUCCGCUUCAGUCCUCAGCUGUUGGGCUCUUUGGAGGAGGAAGGGGCUCCACUUCCGGCUCAGAUUGCCAUGGAGGAAGUGGAGCGGAAGUUCACUGCCCUCCGGGAUGAAUUGGUGGCCGCUCUGAUAAAGAGUCCUGCGGAGCAGAAUCCGGAGUCUGUCCAGCGCUUGGUGGACGUGGCAUUGCCUGCGACUAGAAAGUACCAGGAGAUAGACCCCAGGGGACUUAUACAAGCCAAUGCUCAGGGACAGCCCGGAAAGGAUUUUCACAAAAUCUCCACUGCCUUGAACAUCUUGGAGAAAUAUGGCCGCAACCUCUUGAACCCCCACAAGCCCCGAUUCUGGCGGACCGUUAAGUUCAACAAUCCCGUCUUCCGUGACACGGUGGAUACCAUCCAGGGUGGCCGGGAUGUCCUUCGCCUCUAUGGCUACUCCGAAGAACAGACAGAUGGGCUGUGCUUCCCUGAGCAUCUACAGGAACCAGACAUCCCCCAUGUUGCCUCCAUCACAGUGGAUGUGAUGUUGUUGCGGGCUGAACUGAAUCUCCUCCUUUCGGACAACCACCCUAAUCCUCUGGUGUUGCAUGAGUUAAUGCAGGGAGGUGACAAAUUAAGGGCCAGCCUCAUGACAGACGCUUUCCCUGUGUCUGUGCAAGAACAAACGCCCCAGCAUCCAGUUCCAGCAUUAUCACACACAGGGUACUUGCCCCCGGACGCCUGCCUGCUCUGUGGUCUGGAGCCGCCCUCCCUGCAUUGCUCAGCCUGCGCCCAGUCCUUGUGCCCAGACUGCGACCUCCUCUUCCACAAACACCCUUCGCGAACCCAUCACCGCCGGACACCUCUGAACGACCAAGCCUGGCGCAGCCCUCCACCGGCACCACCUCCCAGUGUGUCUGUCCUAACUCCUGAUGCUGCAUCCUUGCGGCCACCGACCGAUUCCCUCUCGACCUCCUGGCUCACCGUCCCCACUCAACGACCUCCCUGGCGCUGUGCAGCUUGCCACAUGAACAAUGAUGCACGUGCCAUCCUGUGCGUGGGUUGUGACCGUCCCCGCGGAUGCAAGACACCAGUGAGCCUCAACACGGAGGAAGAGCACAAGAGCUUGGGGCCUCUGGCCCGGGGCCGAUGGUCAUGUCAGUCCUGUACCUUUGAGAACGAGGCGGCCACGGUGCUGUGCGCUGUGUGCGAGAGGCCACGACUAGCUGGGAAGCCUGGCACUGGGGAUGCAAAACCCCUGAUAGCAUGGGGAGAGGAGACAGGGCAGCAGCAGCAGAAAGAGCUCCCCGGCUGGCAGUGUGAACACUGCACUUUCUGGAACAAGGGCCGUGGCCGGGUGUGCGAGAUGUGCAACCGCACCAGUCAGAGGGCUGGGUCUGAGCACUCAUUGCUGGCACCCAAGCUAGAGGAGGAAGGCAAGCAGAAGAAGGGGACAGCGGUGGAAGCCAAGACUCCAUGGAAGGCCCCACCCAUCUCCUUGGAAGAGGCAGAGCACCGGAGGCAGGAAAAGCUGCGUGAGGAUGGGCAGAAGAUGAUUGCCAUGAUCAGGGAAGCUGAGGCCGUGGGUGUAGCCCCCGAACUGGUGGCAGCCGCCUUACGCUACUCGGGUGCAGAACGACCCCUGGCUUGGCUGAAUUCGGAGCUCCCUUCUGUCCUGGAAGGUGUGGCUGAGUUGGCCACCCAGCGAGGGGAGCAGGAGCCUGGAGGGGGCCUGGGGGCCCUGACCCGGCAAGAAGUCCAAACUGCGUGGGUGGAGAGCCAGGGGGAUGUGGACGAAGCCGUCAGCCGGUGUCUGAGCGCACGGCGGAGCAAGAUCCGGGAGCUGAAAGCCCUGGGCUUUGGGGAGCGUGGCCCUGUGUUGCAGGCCCUCUACCAGAACAAUGGUGACUUGUGGCAGGCAUUGGUGCAGCUGCAGCGCCAGCUAUUGGAGCCUUUCCAUCAACGGUUAUGGGAGGACGAAGACCCCCCAAUAGACUUCCACCACCCAGACCGACAGGCCCUCCUCCGACGCCUCCUGGCCACUUUCUCUCUACCUAGCUGGGGCCGGGCGGAGCUGGUGGUUUCGUUGAUGCUGGAGCAGCCGGCCGAUGGAGGUUGGGAGCUGGCGGACGUUGUGGAUGCGGUCAAAGCCUCCCCCAACCGGGACUUCAUCAAGCGCUUGCUUACCUGUGAGUGUGCGGUCUGCAGCCUCGCCCUUCCUCGCAAUAAGAUGCAGUCUCUGACGUCGUGCGAGUGCACCAUCUGCCCAGAAUGCUUUGCUCUUCACUUCACCAUCGCCGUGAAAGAAAGGCACAUCACUGACCUGGUGUGUCCGGCUUGCUCCCAGCCAGAGAUCAGCGAUGAGAAGGAACUUCUCAACUACUUCUCCACUCUUGAUAUCCAGCUACGUAGCUGCCUAGACCGGGAAACUUACGAACUUUUCCAUAAGAAGCUGACGGAGCGUGUGCUCAUGCGGGAUCCAAAGUUUCAGUGGUGCACGCAUUGUUCAUUCGGCUUCAUUUAUGAAUCGGAACAGCUGGAGGCCAAGUGCCCACAAUGCUGCAAGAGUUUCUGCGUCCUCUGCAAGCGACAGUGGGAGCCGCAGCAUCAGGGACUGACGUGCGAAGGCUUCCUGGAAUGGAAGCGAACCAACGAUCCAGAGUACCAGGCGCAGGGCUUGGCCGUCUACCUGCAGGAGAAUGGGAUUGCGUGUCCCAAGUGCAAGUUCUCCUACGCUUUGGCCCGAGGAGGCUGCAUGCAUUUCCAGUGUUCCCAGUGCAGGCAUCAUUUCUGCAGCGGCUGCUACGGGCCUUUCUACGCCGCAUCCAAAUGCCCGAUACCCGACUGCCCCAUUCGUCGGUCUCUCCAUGGCCACCAUCCCCGCGACUGCCUCUUCUACCUGCGCGACUGGGAUGUGCCUCGCCUUCAGGGGCUCUUACAGGAUAACAACAUUGGGUUCAACACGGACCCUCCAGCUGGGACCCGUGCCACUCCUGCAGAUGGAUGCCGUGUGAUGGAGCAGAAAGAAACCAUGGAAGGGCUUGUAGAUGAGCCUUGCGGCAGAGAGACGCCCACUGGAUAUGCCGGCCUUUGUCAGGCACACUACAAGGAGUACCUGGUCAGCCUCAUCAACAGCCAUUCCCUGGAUCCGGCCGCCUUGUACACGGUCCAAGAAGCGGAGAACGUGUGCCGCCGCCACUUACCUGCUGCUCAGGUGCUGCUGCGGGACCCGGGUGAGGACGAGGAGGCCUAUCGGGGGCGCCUGGUCAAGACGCUAAGGGAUGGGGUCCCGCUGGGUCCCAAAAUCCCUCGCCGAAGGAAGUAACGUCAGCCGCAGAGAGAAGCAAAGCCAAGCCUUGGAGCGGAGAUCCAUCCAAGAAGAGCGGAAUUAACCGAUUUAGCAAUUCUGAACAUUUCAGAAUUGGACACUUCUAUCCAAAACGCAACCUUGAGAGCUUCCGAGCCUAAACGUUGGGUCUUCCGGGUUAUGUCUUCCCUAUGCCAUAAUCUUUAACCUGCUCUGAAUAAACUAUUUGGUGAUUGAAA